UUAUCCAAAGUAACCUUUUUUUCAACUUACUGUUUUCAAUAGAAAAGUUACUUUUCUUUUCUACGUAAAGUCCAAAAAAAGAUUUUCUGGGUUAUUCUUAAGGGUUUUAGUUUAUUUCUUAUCCGUGACUCAAGGCCUGAAGGGCUUAUCUCAAAUCGGCUCAAAAUUUUUUCUUAAAACUGGACAACAACCUUAGUUUAAACAUUUUACUUGAACAGACACUUUACCCUUGACCAAAAUCAUUGUAUUCACUUUUGACUAUUUUCAAUUGAAAUGAAGUUUUCAUUCGUAUUGUUAGUUUUUUUAAUUUUAUUUAUUUCCGUAAAUGCUAAUGUGAUUAUUAAUUAUAAGACAGGAUCUGGUGAAUCGAUAAGAUAUGAUGGAUAUAAACCAAUUAACACAAAUCUUAAAUCAAUUUGGAAAGGAAUCAUGCCUGGUACCAAAUGGUGUGGAUUGGGUGACCAAGCUAAACAUUACAAUGAUCUUGGUGAAUAUGCUGAUGUUGAUAGGUGCUGUCGUGAUCAUGACCAUUGUCCAACCAGAAUGAGAUCUAUGAGGGUGGCCUAUGGUCUAAUGAACUUCUCGUUAUAUACCAUAUCCCAUUGUCGAUGUGAUGAAGCCUUCUACAAGUGUCUCAAGAAAACAAAAUCUUCCUUAAGUGACUUAAUUGGUAACAUUUAUUUCAACGUGAUGCAAACAGCCUGUAUAGAUACAGCGAAACCUUGUAAAUCAAAAUUUGACCCAUUUUGCGCUGAUUCCAUAUUUUUUAAAGGAAGACCCAAAUCAGAGCCUAGAAUUGUUUUUGUACCAAAUAAAUUAGAAUAUUGAUCAAGUUCAA